AAACAAAUCUGAAUUCCCAGUUCAUCUCGGUAAAAUACUUAUUGUAAAAAAAAAACUCAAUCCUCUCUUCCCCCUUUAAUCCUUCAGAACAAAAUUUACCAUAGUCCUUCCUUAACAUUAUCCGGUCCCCGAGAAACUAUGUAAGGUCAUGUAACACUAAUAUUACAUAAGGAAUUUUAUAUUAGCCGAAGUCCGUGUUGCCGAUCUCUACCAAAGCAUAGGGGGAAGAGAUUAGCUGGAGGCCAAAGAAAUUCUGCUAUACUGUUCUGCUGUUGUCUAGUGCCAGGAUGCUGAGUCGCGCCCUGAGGCAUGCCAGCCGGCGGUGUGUGGCCAUACAGCACCUGUAUACAGCAGCCAGUGUGCAGCAGCAGAACUUUGCUGCUCAGCACAGCGGAGCAGCAGCGUUCUGCCCCUCACCGUUGACUGUGCUCUCGGAGGAUGAGGAAAUGAUGAGAGAAACAGUGGCAAAAUUUGCAAGUGAACAGAUUGCGCCCAUUGUUAACAAGAUGGAUGCAGAGGGCUGCAUUGAUGAGAAAAUAUUCAAAGGCUUAUUUGAAAAUGGGUUCAUGGGAGUUGAAACAGAGACUGAGUACGGCGGGUGUGGCUCAACCUUCUUUGUAGCGAACCUGGUGGUGGAGGAGCUGGCCAAGGUGGACCCAGCAGUCAGUGUUACCUGUGACAUCCAGAACACCCUCAUCAACACCCUCUUCAGGAAACUUGGCACAGAGGAACAGAAACAGAAAUACUUGCCUAAGCUUUCCACUGAAUAUACAGGAAGUUUCUGUCUCUCAGAGACAGAGUCAGGAUCAGAUGCCUUCUCCCUCAAGACCACAGCAGUGAAAGAUGGCAGUAAUUACGUCAUCAAUGGCUCCAAGAUGUGGAUAUCCUCUGCUCCUCAGUCUGGAGUGUUCUUGGUCAUGGCCAAUGCAAACCCCUCUGCUAGCUACAAGGGCAUCACCUGCUUCAUUGUUGAUGCACAAACCCCUGGCCUCGUUGUGGGCAAGAAGGAGGACAAGCUGGGACUGAGAGCAUCCAGCACUUGUGCCGUCCACUUUGACAAUGUUGUGGUGCCGGAGGAGAACAUUCUUGGUACCUUUGGACAUGGGUAUAAGUAUGCCAUAGAGAUGCUGAAUGAGGGGCGUAUUGGCAUUGGGGCUCAGAUGGUGGGUUUGGCGCAGGGCUGCCUUGAUGCCACUGUUCCAUACAUACUCCAGAGGAAGCAGUUUGGAAAGAGCCUCUUUGAGUUUCAAGCAAUGCAGCAUGCAGUGGCUUACCUUGCCAUGGAAAUUGAGGCUGCCCGCUUGCUGGUAUACAAUGCUGCAAGACUGAAAGAAGGCGGCCAGCCAUUCAUCAAGCAAGCUGCUAUGUGCAAACUCUACAGCUCAGAAGUAGCCACCCGAGUAACUUCCAAGUGCAUAGAGCUCAUGGGAGGCGUUGGCUUCACUAAGGAUUAUCCAGUGGAGAAGUUUUACCGAGACUGCAAGAUUGGUACCAUUUACGAAGGCACGUCUCACAUUCAGCUGAACACCAUUGCAAAGCUCAUUGGGCAGGAAUAUAGCUCAUAGUUUUCUGUACAUUUACAGAGAGGGAAAUGGUGAAAUAGGACUUUGGAAUAGUUUAGUUCUACAAGAUUAACUAUUUUUAGAAUUUUGUAGAUAUCUUGUGAUAUUAACGAUUUAUUACUUUGUUUCUCAAUUAACAAGUGGUCUUAAUGUGAAGGUAUUUGGUAGAGAGGUUUAUGGCUCUUGUAUAAUGGUAAGUAGUGUGGUAAGUAUGUGGUCAUGAAGGUGAUGUACAUGUAUUUUUGUGAAGAUAUUGUUUGUAUGAUGUCCCAGAUUGAGAACGUUCCCUUAACCACUAUGUUUUAUGUGUUGUGAUGUUCUAGUUUCUCUUUAAUAGGAAACUUAUUGCAGUAUUAACAAUCGAUUCUUAAUCACAGGCUACCGAACAGUUCAAUGGAAUUCUACUACAGCUGAUUUUGCUUUAGAUAUGAAAUAUAGUGCUCAGGGUUCUAGUCACCUUAUUACACAUACACAAACAAACCACUUUAGGUAAACUUGCAGGAGUGGCUUUGUGGGCUAUGAGGUAAGAUAGCAAAUUAUGAAGCGUAUAUAGAUUAUUUUUAUAUCUGUACAUAUUCUGAGAGGUUUUGGUUGUUUAGUUAAGUAGGUUGUCUUCUUUUUAAGUCAAUCGAUGUCUGAUGCUUCACUUUCCCUUUAAUUUAGUUAAUCUAUCUGUUUAUUUCUUUUCAUCAAUUCCAUCACUUCAGACUGUACUCAUUUUCACUUCCCAAGGCAUGAUGGACAAAAAUAUAUUGAAUUACUUGCAUAA